CAAUUCUUCACAUCCAUGUCACUGUCCAUGUUGUCCUCCCUUUCUUUCUUUUUUCUCUUAUCUUUGCCCUCUGUCACUCUUUCUUACAAACCCGAAUUGCUGCUUCUUCCUUCAACCACAUCAGCCCCUGAGGCCCUGGCUUUUGAUCCUGCCGGCAGAGGCCCUUACACUGGUAUCUCCGAUGGCCGAAUUCUCAAGUACAUCAAUCCCAAUGUCGGUUUUGUAGAUUUUGCCGUUUCUAGUCCCACUAGGUCGAAGCUGCUCUGUGAUGGAUCAAAUAGCACUAAAGGGCCGGCUUGUGGCCGUCCGUUAGGUUUGGAGUUUAACUUUAAAACGGAUAUUCUUUACGUUACUGACGCUUAUUUCGGCCUUGUAUCGGUUAAUCCCGGCGGAAGUGUUGCCACACAACUUGCCACAUCUGCAGAAAAUGUUCCAUUCCUAUUUCUCAACGCUUUGAACAUUGAUCAAGAUACCGGAAUCGUUUAUUUCGUCGAAACCAGCACCAAAUUUCCGCGAGACAAAUUUAAUGAGGGUGUUCUCAGCAAAGACACGACAGGAAGAUUAAUGAAAUACGAUCCUGAAACCAAAGAGGUGACAGUGUUGCAAAGGAAACUUGGAAUGCCCAAUGGAGUGGCUGUGAGCAAAGAUGGAAGCUUUGUGAUUUAUGCAGAAGCAGUUUUUGGAAGAGCACAAAAGUUUUGGCUAACCGGCCCAAAAGCUAACAGUUCAGAAAUUUUUGCGACGUUCCAAGGGCGAGGGGAUAACAUCAAGAGGAACACAAAAGGGGAGUUCUGGAUACCUGAUAAUUCAAAUACAACAUCUUUGGGAAAGAGGUUUAGUGAAGAUGGCAAGCUUUUGCAGACAUUAACUUUGAGUGAAGAUCCGGCUAUACGCUACAGUGAAGUUCAAGAGUUUGAAGGGAAAAUAUAUCUGGGAUCUGCAGGGUUAAAUGUUAACUAUGUUAAAGUUCUUAGUGGAUAAACAGUUUGAUGCUUAAAUAAGUAAUUUGUAAUUCAACAUCGAUCCUUAGAUUGUUGUUAAGAAAUAAGUGAUUUGUAGUUUAGCAUGAUUGGCUUGUUGUUUUCAAAAACAAAUAAAAUGAA